ACAGGUGUGUUCAUGACAAAAUGACGUCUUGAGGCGUAAGCCAGGGCGCUGUUUAUAAACCAAGCUUCUUUACAUGAAAAAGGCCAGUUACAUGUACGUACUCAUACAGGCAUGGAGUCUUUAAAGGUUUUUCUUCUCCUAGGCUUGUUUGCACAUCAAGCGAUAUGUCAGAUGAAUCCGGCGUUAUUGGCAAUGAUGGGCGGCGGUGGCGGAGGACGGGGAAUAAACCCCAUGGCUCUCGGUAUGGCCGGUGGUGAAAUGGGCGGUGGCAUGCAAGAGAUGAUGAUGAUGCAGGCGCUCGCCGGAGCAGGAGGUGCAGGAGGGUCUGGUGGAAGUGGUGGGAUAGAUCCUAUGACAAUGAUGAUGCUAGGAGGUGCUGGAGGUGCAGCGCCAUCUAGCGACAUGAUGCAACAGAUGAUGAUGAUGAACUUGUUGAGAGGCAACAAUGGGGGAGGUAACCAAGGAGGAGGUCAAGGACAGAAUCAAGGCGGCGGAGGCAUGGCAAGCAAUAUAGCAAACCUCCUGGCUGGUCCAGGUGGAAGCAACUCUGGUAGGUUGCAAACAAGAAGUGAUAUCACCCCCGGCCAACAUAAUGCUCUCUGGGGCGCAGUUCAAAUGAGUGGAAACGCUCAAAGAGUCAUGGACGCCAUUUCACAACCAACAGACAGAAUAGCCCUUGAACGAGAUGGACUCCCCGGUUUGAACCCCAUGAUGACCAUGUCUAUGUGUCCGAGACCAACACAAUGUACUUUUACUUUCUGCGAAAAUGCUGAAAUUCCAUUUACCGGCGAUACUUUCUACGUGUGCAGAGGUUGUCCUAGAUGCCCGAUGGAUCCCGCACAACGCAACAUGAUGAAUAUGAUGAGCUCAAUGGGAGGAGGAGCUGGCGGUGGUCAGAACAUGGCUCAAACCAUGAUGAUGAUGAGAGCUAUGGGUCAAGGUGGUGGUGCAGGCGGUGGCGGCGGCGCUGCCGGGCCAAUGAACCCUGCAAUGAUGAUGGCUUUAAUGAACAUGCAACAGCAACAGCAGCAACAACAACAACAACAACAGCCAACACCAACUGUAACAUCGUUAACAAUACCAGGAUCACCAGUAGCUACUCCUGCAGCGCCACCAUCUAGACCCCAACAGCCCAAAAGGACACCAGCUCCAACUAAAUCAAAACCAAUUCCGGGUCCCCGUCCACCAAGGGAAUUCAUUGAAGCCAUGAAGGCAAUGAGCGCUCAGAUGCGAUCACAAAAAACAACACCAGCAGCGUAGUGAUAUAUUACAUAAAUAAUCCAAAAACUAUUUUAGAAAAUGAACUUAUUUUUUCAUUGCUUUUCUGACUGAUAUAUAGAUGUAUUCACGUACGCGUGAACUACUUUAUAGUAUUGUAGAGAAGAUUGAUGUAAAAAGUUCAUUCGCACUGCUAUCUGGAAUAACGCGGAGUAAUUUCGCCAUAUAUUUUUGCAUGUCUUAUCAUUGCUAUGGAUACAGUGUAGCCAUGAAGCAUAAUCAUGCUCUCAUUAGUUUAUUAAUUUCUUGGAAGUUUUGCAUGUUUUAAUGCGGGUAAUGGUUUCAUGAAUAAACAAAGGCAAAUAAGAAAUAUUCUUAACAUUCAUAAUAAUAUAAAAUUUGAUUUGUGUGUCAUUCUUACAGCGCAAGAAUGGGUGGACUUCCGGCCUAGAUGAGAAUCACGUGACUUCCGGUUGUGCGUAAUAGACAUAUGUAGCUAAAUUUGAUAUUACCUUGACACACGCUGACGUCUGUUGUGACACAAAAAACGACGAGUUGUCAUUAAAAUGUCAAGAUUAUGUGUUUGUUUACAAUGCGCAGACGACUUCAUAAAAUUUCCAUACCAAACAAAAAAAACCGCCUGUCAUAUUAUCAUUUUAUAGCAGUUGAAAUAUGAGUGUCAGAUAUUUAUUUUCUUACAUGUUUUAUUUGCCUUAGCAAUUUCCGUUGACAUUAAAAAAAACAGAAGAUACUGCUUGAAAUUUUAUUGAAAUAAGCUUAAGUGACAUGAAUUGUUUUAUAUUAUAUGUUUAUUUCAUACGUUGUUGAGAGUAAAAUGUCAAAUAAACAAA